CCCGCGCGCCCUUGGCGUGUCACUGUCAAUCGUCAAUUCCACUUCCGCUCGGCAAUCGCAUUGCCGCCAUCGCGUCUUCGAGUCGCGACGAGGACAACUCCGAGAGUUCAAAGUAAACAACCGAAAAAUGGCCACAACAACAGAUGCCGAGCUCCUAACAGAGCACUUUGGCUACCCCCCAGUCAGCUUACUCGACGACAUCAUCAACAGCAUCAAUAUCCUCGCCGAGCGCGCCCUCAACAGCGUCGAACAAGGACUCCUCAACGCGCCCCCCGCCUCUCUCGGUUUCCGACCACCCACCCAUGCCUCUUCUAAGUCAGGCAAGAAGCCCAAAAAGGGCGAAGAGGGUCUUCCCAACGCCGAGGAAGCGCACCGGCACGAGAUCGAAAACGGCACGCACCAGCUCGAGACUUUACUGUGCGCCAGCAUCGACCGCAACUUUGACAAGUUCGAGAUCUACGUUAUGCGCAACAUCUUGUGCGUGAGGCCGGAAGACAGGGAUUGGAUACGAUUGGGGCAUUACGAGGGCUUGGAUUUCUCUUCCCCGACAUCGCAGGCGGUAGAGCAAAAGCCAACAAUCGAAACCGUCACCCGCCUUCGUAGACGCCUGCAAGCGUCGCAGAAACUUAACGUCAUGCUUCACGCCGAGAAGGCACGCAAUGCGGCUUUGCUGGCUGAAGUCCGUCGUCUCGUCGGCGGCUCUCCCAAACAAAUCAAAUCCGAACGAUCACAACAAGCACAAAACAGCGACAACACAGACACGGAAAUGACCGACGCCCCCUCUACAGCCCCCACCACCCAAGACACAACCAAACCCCCCUUCGCCUUCCUAACCCAAAAGACCUCCAUCCUCUCCACCUCCGACGCCUCCACCCCUCUCACCACCACCACCGCCUUCACAUUAAGCCAACUCGACGCCCUCCGCUCUCUCUCCUCUUCUUUACGAUCCCUGCUGCCCGCUCUUUCCCACCCCGUCCCUCCCACUUCCUCACCAGAACCCUCAGACGAAGCAGAACAAGACGAGGGAGCAGACAAGAAAAAGAAACAACCCUGGCGCCUCCAAAGACUAGAGUACAUCGAGACAGCCACGCGCAAGCACCUGGAGCAAGUGAGGGGUCUGGAGUUGGGAGUUAAUGGGGAGUUGAGGGAUGGGACGGGGGACUAUGAGGUGGUGGUGAUUGAUGGUGAUGCAGGUGAUGAGGGGACGGAUGGGGCGAGGACAACGAAGAGGAGGAGGGUGGUGGAGAGGGAGGAGGUGGAAGCGUUGGAGGGGGUUUUGGGGAGUUUGGGAGGGGGAGAUGUGGGUGGUGGUAGUAAGGAGACUGGGCAAGGUCAAGAGGAAGCGGGAGAGGGAGAGCAAAGGCAAAGUGAGGAGGGGGAAGAAGAGGAGGAAUCAGCACAACCAGAAGGACAGAGAGAAGGAGAAGGGGAACCCGAAACCGAAACCGAAACACCGAGGCGAAGAGGGAGGAGUGCAAAAGGGAAAGCUAAAGAUCAGGGGAAUGGUGAUGGGGAGAGGAUGGAUGAGUUCUAGGUGUUUUAUACCAAGCAUGUUGUUUUUAUUUUAUUGUAUAAGCAGGUGUUUUGGGGUUUACGUUUUCCUAAUGGAGGGUUUGGCUUCAGAAGGAUAUAUCAAUGGUCUAUGAAAAAAGUUAUGUGGAGAUUAUGAUUGAUGCGCUUGAGCCA